AUGCUUCCAGAACUUACAAAGCCUGCGCCCCCAGCAGCUGACGAUAGUACGUUUGCCGCGCAAAUGACCUGGAAGAUGGCAUACGAUGAAUACAAGGACGACAAGGUCCUAUUCGACAAGCAAAAGGAAUCACUGCAGGACCUACGCAUUUUUAUCCUACAAACUGUGGAUGCCAAAUACACCACGUAUACCUACGGCAUCUCAUCAGCACGCAAUCUACUUGCCAAACUCAAGAAAUCCAUCGCGCCAUCAGACAAAGCACGCCGGAACGAAAUCUACAACCUAUGGCAGAAGCAGAAGCACUACCCCACUGAACGAACCGUAGAAAAAUGGCUAAGGGACUGGGAAACAUUGUACAGUGAUGCAUCAAGGCUACGGCUGCCCGAGGCCGCCGACGACCGUGCCCAAAUCGAUUUCCUACUGUCCCUGAUGGAAAAACAUCCAGAAUUCGCAGGCUACUGGCGCCAGAGAAUCGCACACCGAACGGACACAAAAGAAUCAGCACCUAGCCUAGCGGACCUAGUCAGCAAGUUCCGAAUGCAGCGGCACGAGCAACUAGCAGCGCAGGGCAAGGAUUCCCACUGGGCCUACGCCACUACGUUGCAGGGCUGGGAUAUCGAGCCAAAACAGGAAUCCACUGAGGCUACAGACCCUCAGGGAUCCUGCCUGUGCGGCAAAAAUCAUCCUGGAAGGAACACUACGGUCGCGCAUAAAAAUGCUUCUGGCGCGUAG